AUAUAUAUAUAUAUAUAUUUUUUUUUUUACUGAGACUCUGUUUGAGUUUUCAUCGCGCUUUCUCGCCUGACAGAAAGCCAGAAGAAAAAGCUCCUGAAUUUUCUGUCGCUGCAUAGUUCCUCCUCACGUGUCUAACUCCAGUAACGCGCUAGCACGCGCGCACAGAGAGAGAGAGAGAAUUGGAAUCUUGAUCGUUGUUGGGGUUGGGUUGGGGAAAGGAAGAUGAGGAAGGAAGACACUGUGAAGCUGAUCAGCGCCGAGGGUUUCGAAUUCGUAAUCCACAAAGACGCCGCCAUGGUUUCUCAGACCAUCCGCAACAUGCUUACCUCUCCCGGGAGUUUUGCCGAAACGGAGCAUGGGGAGGUGACCUUCCCCGAGAUAAGCACAACUAUUCUUGAGAAGAUCUGCAAGUAUUUCUAUUGGAAUCUUCAAUUUGCCAGUGGGAAGGAGACUGAAUUCCAUAUUGAACCUGAACUGACUCUAGAGUUGAUGAUGGCUGCCAAUUAUCUCCACACAUGAACAUAUCAUCCUGCUCUCUGCCUCUUGGGUGUCUACGUCUUUGUCUGUUUAAGUAAUCAUUGUGACAUGACUUUAUUGUUGCCCUUUGUAUUUUUGGGUCUUUUACGAGAUUGUUAACAACCAGAUAUGCUUGAGGACGAGAUUGUAGCCUGAGAGGCUCAAGACGGUAGGAGUUCUAUCUUGUCAUCAAGUAUUGGAGUUUACUAUGGGACUGCAAUAUAUGGUCUUUUAGUUUUUCA